UGUGAAACUCUCCCGUUUCUUGCAUUCGUGUUGCAAUUGUGACCUCGGCUCUGUCAGGAUGGGAAAUGCAGCUGGUCAUGUUAUCUUUGAAUUUAUGCAUCCAGAACUCGCCCCAGACCAUAACAACCCUCCAACUUUCGAUCCAAACUUAGGAUUUCCCAAUGGACGCAAAGAGCGAGUAAUGAUUGCAACACAAGAGGAGUUAAACGAGCUGAGCAUCCCGCUAGAGAAACGGGAUUAUUGUGCUCAUCUAUAUGUAAAAUGGCUGAAGUGUCGUCAACAGAAUUACCCAAUGUGCCAGAGAUGUCAUCAUGAAAAACAUGACUACGAACAGUGUGAAUACGAUGACUUUGUACUUCGAAUGAAAGAAUACGAACGAGAAAGACGGUUAAAGAUGCGUACCGAAAGAAUUCAAGCAAAGAAAUUGGCUGAAGAUUUAGAAUGAUGCUAAAAGGAUUAAGAUAGUUCUAAUUUUUUUUUUUUUUUUCCAAAGGAUUAGUGUUAAGUUCUUGGAGAAAUGAGUUCUAUUCAUUGGUUUUCCUUUUUGAAAAUCAAUGUUUACAACAAAUAAAGAUAAAUUAUUUCA